UUACAGUUGAGAAUUCGUCAGCAAUCAUGAUGGUUGUUAGAGAAUUAAUUAAAAGGACAAGUACGGGAACAAUGGGUACUAGGGCCGUUGCCGUUGCGGCGGCGGCAGGUGCUGCCGGGAUGUCUGGCGAGGCUGGGUUGGCUGGUGUACCGAGACUGUUGGAAGAUCUGGCGCGACUCUCCGAGGAUAAGGACUCAGCUGAUAUCGUGUUUCUGCUAGGGAGAGACGAGACCCCAGUUUAUGCCCAUAGAAUAAUACUUCAAGCCAGGUGCAAGAAUUUCACGGCCGCCAAGAGAAUCGGCACAGCCAGUAAUCCGACACCGGUGCGAAUGCCGCAUGCGCAUCCGGAAACAUUUCGCCAGUUUAUUCGUUACAUUUACACCGGCAUGAUAAUAUUACAAGACAGUGGGAUUUUCGAGAUGCUGGGAUUAGCACAAGAACUUGGUAUCGAGGAACUUUGGAGAAGUUGCGAGGAACAUGUAUCUGCCACUUUAAGUCCCGGAAACGCGUGUGCACUUUUAACCGCCGCUUUGGAGGCUCAGGAACGAGUUCCAGGUGGGAAAACUGCAUGUUCAUCUUUUAUCGAGAAAUGUUUUGCUUUUAUUGGGGAAAACGCCGUGGACACUGUAAAGACGACAGCAUUUUGUAAUCUUCCAAAGGAUGCCUUGGUAAAAUUGAUAUCAUCGGACUAUCUUGGUUUGGAAGAAGAGGAUGUAUGGCGGGCUGUCCUCAAUUGGGCAAAAUAUCAGGCUGGGGUGACACAACCUACGCAACACUGGACUGAGGAGGAGCGUUUAAGGGUGUGUCAACAUUUGUCUGGUGUGAUAAAUCAUGUAAGAUUGUUGCUGAUAGACAGCCAAGUAUUUGCAGAAGAGGUUGAGCCGACCGGAGCGGUGCCGAUAGAAAUGUCGUUGGAGAGGUACGAAUUUUUCAAUCCCGAUCGAUCGAGCGGCUCGAAAUUUCUAAGGUAUAGGUAUGCAGCUCUGCCGAACAAGUAUUCGGAGAUUUGUUCUGACAAACGGCUGCAUCCGCGAGUGAGUCCGUUCCUUUUUCCGAGCUCGCAGAUCCUUUCCAGAGACAAAGUGGGUUUCCAACGACUCUUGAAUCAAUGGUACGGAAUCUCUAAACAGAGUUGGCGAUUAGUCUACCGAGCAUCCACUCAUGGCUAUUCCGCUGCGUCUUUCCAUCGACAUUGUGAUAACGUUUGUCCAACGUAUGUGAUAGUGCUGGGAGUACGCGGCGAAAUAUGCGGAGGAUUUAGCGAUGUUCCGUGGGGUAAAACUAACUCCAAGGCGCAAUAUAUUGCUUCGGAAAAGAGUUUCCUGUUCACAUUGACGAAUAAUCAAGAUGUACCGCCGACAAAAUUCGAUAUUGUGAAGAAAUCAUUCGCAAUCUGCUAUCAUCCCGACAUAGGACCGAUCUUUGGUGCCGGAGCUGAUCUGCUUAUAUCGAGCAACUGCAAUGUCAACAAGGAGAGCUAUAGCAAUCUUCCGCAUAGUUACGAGGGGGAUCACGCGUCUAAUCAGCUACUCAUGGGAGAUUAUCACUUCUCGGUAGUUGAUUAUGAAGUUUUCACCCCGAGUCAUCCUGUUCCCAAAUCCAAUCAUUGAGUUAAUUAUCGUGAUAAAAUCAGCAUUUCAACAAAUACAUCAUUUGUAAGAAAUAUACUUAUCUUAUUUGUUACAUUUUGUUCGCGAUUUAUUAGAUAUUGCAUAUUAAAAAAAUGGCGAUAAUUUAUCCGUCGUGCCAAUUAUAUUCACGUAUAUAUCAUCGAAAAAAAAA